GCCGCUCCGGGAGCGCGAUGGCGGCGACGAGGCGUGGCGGGCGCGGGGCGGCGGCGGGCGCGGCUGCCCCAGCGCCGGGCCGAAAGCGGCGGUGGAGGCCGGUCCUGCUGCGCACCGUCGUGGGCAGCGUCCAGGAGGGACGAGGAUUUGCAUUUCGGAGGAAACAAAAAAUCGAAAGACAGUACAGGAGAUUAUUAAUGAGAAAGGGAAAAAAGGUCCAUUCCCAACAGGAUGAUCAGUUUACUGAUACCUAUCCAGAGCACUUGAAACAUCUUUACCUUGCAGAGGAAGAAAGGCUUAAGAAGCGUAGGCACAGGACACCAGAGGAUUCAGUGUUACCAGAAGAAGAGCCUAAUAAAGCAGAAGAGUCAGUUGUGACUCAAGGGAAGUUUAAGAAGAAAACAUCCAAUCAGAAGGCAAAAGAAGAGUAUGAGAAAAUAAAGGCUGAGCGUGCUAGGAAGAAAGAGGAAGCAGAAAAAAGAAAACAACAAAGAGAAGAAGCUCAACGGUUGUACAAGCAAAAGAAAAUGGAAGCUUAUAAAAUACUGAGUAAGAAGACAAAAAAAGGACAACCAAAUCUAAACUUACAAGUAGAGUUUCUUCUUCAGAAAAUACAGCAAAAUACUUAAACCUCUGCACAUGUUUUAGUUACGUGUGGACAUUUUAUUAAAUUACUUUUAAUAAAUAAUGUUAUUUUGCUUCUAUAUUACUUUUGGUUUUGGCUUGAUUUAUCUCAUAAUCCUGUAGUGAUAUAUAUUUAUCCUGAAAAUAUUCUAUGCUGAGAGUAAGAGAGAUCUGGUACCUUGAAAAUAAAUAGUCUGUAUUUCCAAAGUUUCUAUUAGCUAUCUGACAUCCUGGAUUCAAAAUCAAUAGGACCCGGUGCCAUCUGAACAUGAAUCUAACACUUCCUGCAAUUGUGACUACUGAAUUACGCUUACUUGAGAAGACUGAAGUGAUACAUGGGACAUAUUUGAUGUCUCAUGAACUGCCAGUUCUGUGAGCAUGUUUUGUGUGCUUUUGGAUAGGGUUUAGCACAUGAAAACAGAACAUACACUAUACUUGGAUGGCUAUUAUUCAUCAUUCUCCACAAAGAAGAAAAUUACAAAAGGUCCAAAAAUGGUUUGAGUGUAAAGAUCUCGUUUACUUGAUACAUACUUUGUGCUUGGUGAUUUUUACUAGCUAUGCUGGAUCGGGUAGAUGGGUUUUGGCAUACUGAGUGUAUCAAAUUUAAAUCUUUGCUCUUUGGAACAUCUUUAGAAAAAGACUUCUUUUAAACUUUGAUUUGUAGAUGCAGUUAGUGAUCUUUGACCUAAUAAAGUGAAAGCAUUCUUCGUAACUCUAA